CUCCAAACACAGCCUAACUAGGGGUUCACUGUUGAUUGAUCAUACAUGAAGGAAUGGUCCUUAUUAACAUGGGAAAAUGUCACCUCAUGCCUCUUACCCUCUUCUUCCUGAUUACUUCUCUCACACUCACAACACACACUGAGUGAGAGUGCCUUCACUUCACUUCAUUUCCACUGUAAACUAUCUACCAUGCCCUUUAACUCUCCCCUAUGACUUCCAAAACGCCCCGUUUAACCACCUGUCACCGCCACCCUUCCCAACCCCUCACCGGUUUCUGCGCCUCCUGCCUCCGCGAACGCCUCGCCGGCAUCGAAUCCACCUCCUCCGCCUCCUCACCCAAGCUCCGCCGCACCAAAUCUUGCUCCGGCAGCGGCCCCGACCCUCAUUCCUCCUCCACCGCCGUCCUCGAGCCUCGCCGCAAGUCAUGCGCGGCGGCGGUACCGCCGCGGAACACGCUGUGGGAUCUCUUCAGUCGAGACGACAAGCCUCCUCGAAAUGUCGAUUUGGGAAACUCUGGUCAGGAAAUCAGGGAUUGCGACGGCGUCGGCGAAGGGAUUAGGGUUUGCGUUGAAGAUGAUGAAGAGACGAAGACGAUGAAAGAGUUCAUAGAUCUCGAAUUGAAGAGUAAGAAGAGCUCAGGGAGAGACUUCAGAGAGAUUGCUGGGAGUUUCUGGGAUGCAGCUUCUGUGUUCAGCAAGAGGUUGAUGAAACGGAGGCGGAAGCAGAGUUUGAAGAGAAACCUUGCCGGCGGUGGUAGAGGCGGUGUAGGUUUGACAAGCGUGGAGGUUGCUAAUCAAGGGGGAAGAAAUUUGAGAGAGACACAAUCCGAGGUUGGAGAAUACGGUUUUUCGUUGGGUAGAAGAUCAUGCGACACUGAUCCAAGGUUGUCUGUUGAUGAUCCUCGGUUUUCGUUUGAAGCGCCUCGAGCUUCUUGGGAUGGUUAUUUGAUUGGGAAGACAUAUCCAAGGCUUUCCCCAAUGGUUCCAUUCAAUGGGGUUGUAGAUGGUAUGGUUUUGGUUGAGGAAGAAGAGGAGGAGGAGGAGGAGGAGGUGAAUUUGGAAAAUGGGGAAGGGCAUUGUCCUGGUGGGUCAGCUGAGACAAUGCAUUACUAUUCAGAUAGGAGGAGGAGGAGUUUCGAUACAUCAAACUCUCGUAGGAAAAUGGUGACAGGGGAUAAUGUUGAUGACUUGAGAGUGGUAUCUAAUGCCAAGGUUUCACCUGCUACCACUGAGUUAUUCUAUGGGGCAAAGGUUCUGAUCACUGAGAAUGAUUUGAGGGAUGCAAAUUUGAAAUCCAGAAAUAGUGUUCAAUCUGAUUGUGUGAUAGCGUCUGCUUCUAAGGAUGCUUGUGAUGUUGGAAUUGGGGUUGGUCAAAAGGGGUUGAAAAAAUUCCAGAAGUGGGGCAGGUUGUGGACUAAGUUAGGGUUAGUACAUAGGAGGAAGGAAGGUAAAUUGGGGAAGGAAGAGUGUGGUACUGGUGAUAUAGAUAAUAAGCCAAUUGCAGAGCCAUGGCAGAAGCUGAGAAGGGCGGUUAAUGGACAAGCAAGUGAGUCAGUUAGCGAGAAGCUUAUUCGCAGCUAUAGUGUUAGUUGUAGAAAUCAGUGUAGUUCAGGCGGUUUAGUCAAUGGCCUUGGGGUUCCUGAGACCAAAGGCAAUGUUUUGAAUGGACGACAAGAGUUGAUGCUUCCAAAGAAUCGCAGUGUUAGACACUCGUCAAAUAAUGUUGAUGCCGGGUUGUUAAGGUUCUAUUUGACACCAUUGAAGAGCUAUAGGCGAAGCAGGUCUGGAAUGAGUAGCUUAAAGGAUUCGUUUUCAACAGCCAGGAGUUCUUGUGAUUUGUAAAGCUGUAACCGUUGAAAGUAAUCUGGUUGUAUUAACAUAUGUAAUGUAAUUGUUUGUUUCCAUGAGGUAAAGUGCAUCACAUUGUUAGGUUCUGGUUGCAGUUGUUCUCAUGAUGGUGGUAGAAGAAUAAAGCAUAGCAUUCAUACCA